AUGGAUACUGCUGACACGGGUUCAGCACAACCGAAACAUGACCCACCAAUCGCAAUGGAGCCGUAUGACUUGGGAAAAGCUGAAGACCUCGGAGCACUGAGUAACGAGCAACAAUGGCACACCAAUAAUUUGAAAACUCAGACACGGAUCAACAAUGAGCGGUAUAUGCGCAAUCAUCCUGAAAUCCAUCACAUGAUUUCAGCUUUCCUAAGUGAAUUAAAUUCAGACUUUUUCACACAUCCUGAUUUGCUCAAACGCGUUGAGGACAUGAAAGAGGAAUAUAUGAAACAACACCGAGAAGACAUGGUAGUUCGUGGUCUGGCUGGGGAGGACAUUUUCGGUGAUGAUGAUGAUGAUGACACUGAGGAAGGUGGUGAUGCAUAA